AUGGGCUACCGGACAGAACCCAUUGAUGAAUAUGACGCCGACAAAGUUGUUGGGGGUGAGAAGGGCGAAGUCAUCGCCGACCUUCCCCAGUACGAUGGGGAUAUGGUCGGUGAGAUCAGUGACCGGGAACGGGUGAUCGAGCGAGGUGAACACAAGUACAAUCGUCUGGGAUGGAAACGCUUGACCAUCGUGUUGAUUGUCGAGGCCAUUGCACUGGGAAGUCUGUCCAUUCCGUCGACCUUUGCCACGCUCGGAAUGGUGCCUGGUGUGAUUUGCUGUGUCGGUAUCGGUUUCAUCGCCAUCUACACCAGUUACGUGGUCGGUCAGGUGAAACUGAAAUUCCCUCAUGUCGGCAACUACCCCGACGCUGGACGUCUGAUUGGAGGUCGUUGGGGAUAUGAGAUUGUCAGCAUCAUGCUGGCCUUGCAGCUGGUCCUCCUCACCGCCUCUCACUGUCUCACGGGUACGAUCGCCUUUAUCAACAUCACUCAGAGCAAUGUGUGCUCGAUUGUCUUCGCGGUCGUGUCCGCCGUCCUCCUGCUGCUGGUCGCUAUCCCCCCUAGCUUCUCCGAGAUGGCCAUCCUGGGUUACAUCGAUUUUGGCUCCAUUGUCGCUGCCAUUGGUAUCACCAUCAUCGCCACUGGCAUCACGCACAAUGAGUCUCCCGGCCUCGAACAUGUUCCGUGGUCGGCCUGGCCGAAGGAGGGCACCACCUUUACCGACGCCUUCAUCGCCCUGACCAACAUCAUCUUCGCCUACAGUUUCGCCAUGUGCCAAUUCUCCUUCAUGGACGAGAUGCACACGCCCAAGGACUACGUGAAGUCGAUCUGGGCCUUGGGUCUGACUGAAAUCUUCAUCUACACUGUGACUGGUGCUCUGAUCUACCGCUUCGUCGGCCAGGAUGUCCAGAGCCCGGCCUUGCUCUCUGCUGGCCACACGGUGAGCCGUGUCGCCUUUGGUGUGGCUCUGCCCGUCAUCUUCAUCAGUGGUUCCAUCAACACGGUCGUACUGGGUCGCCUCAUCCUCAGUCGGUUCUGGCAGAACUCCCCCGUCCGCUAUGUCAACACCAAGCGCGGAUGGAUCAUCUGGCUGGCCAUUAUCUCUGUCAUCACCUGGCUCGCCUUUGUCAUUGGCGAAGUCAUUCCCUUCUUCAACGACCUGCUGUCGAUCUCUUCUUCUCUCUUCAUCUCCGGCUUCACCUUCUACUUCCCUGCGAUCUUCUGGUUCGUGCUGAUUCGUGAGGGUCCGUGGACGAGCCCUAAGAACCUGGCUCUCACCCUUCUCAACGGUCUCACCCUUAUUAUCGGUCUGGUGGUUCUGGUUGCCGGUACCUAUGCCAGUGUCCAGGAUAUUAUCAACAACUACGCGACGGGCAGUGUGAGAGGCGUUUUCACUUGCGCCGCUCCGGAGUAA